AUGGCUUUGAAUAAUCGUCCCCAAGGGACUUUACCUGCAGACACACAUGUCAAUCCGAAGGAACAAGUCCUGAAUCAGCUUAUGGCGGUGAGUUUGAGAAAUGGUAGAAAUCUUGAUUUAGAGCAAGAAAUCGCUCGUGAGAACCGAUCAACUAAAACACUUGUGUCAGUACCAAUUAAGGUAGAUGAGUCAACUGAGAUAACAAAAGUGAGAGUGCAGCCAGCCCAGGAGGAAAUAAACAAGGAAAAAGAGGUUGCAGAAGAGACUGAGAAAGUGCAAGAGAAGGCACUAGAAAAAGUGCCUGAGCAAGAUCUAACUCAAGCCAUAGGAAAGAAGCGAGCUCCAGCACCCUUACCACAGAGGUUGGCCAAAUAUCAAAAGGAUGAGAAAUACAAAAGAUUCAUGGAAAUGCUGAAGCAAAUUCAGCUAAACAUUCCUCUAAUUGAUGAUUUGAGAGAGAUGUCCGAUUAUAACUGUAGUGAUGUCGUGACAAGACCUAUAGCUGAGAAGCUAUCCGACCCUAGAAGCUUCACAAUUCCAUGCACCAUAGGUAUACUUGACGAUGUACUUGUGCAAGUUGGAAAAUUCGUGUUUCCAGCAGAUUUUGUCAUUUUGGACUGCCAGGUUGAUGGGGAGAUUCCCAUAAUUUUGGGGAGGACGUUCUUAGCCACAGGAAGAGCUCUGAUUGAUUAUGAAAUGGGGGAGCUCAAGAUGAGACUGAAUAAUGAAGAAAUAACAUUUAAUGUGCAAAAGUCUAUGCGGCGACCCAGUGAGUUUGCAAAUUGCUCUUUGACAGACGCAGUGGAUGUGAUCAUGGAGGAAGAUGAUGAGGCACUUAAUGCAAAAGACCCUCUAAUAGCUUGUCUCGUGAACUUAGAAGAAGUAAAUGGGUGUUAG